AUGGAAGAAUACAUCGUCGAGAAUUACAGGGAUUUUGAUCCCAUUGCAUGCUUCAAUCCUAUGAUCUAUCAGAUUACCAGAAAAUCGGCGGAGGAAGAAUUCAAGGCAGUCAUUGAUAAGUUUUUAAAUAAUGAAGAUCUUAGUGUUAGAUUCUUUAACUGGUGCCAGGCAAUCAUUAAGAAAGACUUGGCCCUAACAUCAAUCUUUACCGAAAAAGAAGGGACAUACUACACCCAAAGUCCAGAAAGAACCCAACCAAUUAUUAAUAUGUCAUUAACAUUUGGGGAUCCAUCUUGGGGGCUCUUUUUACGGAGGAUAAACUCUAUAUCAAAUGUGGAUGAUGUCGGAAACGACUUGAGUAACAUGGAAGCUUCAAGGCAAAUGACUAGCCAAAAAAUUGAUGAUGACCAUGUCAAGUUAAUUAUCGAGAGUAAAUGUGUUCUUGACGAAAUUAUCCGCAAGGCACCAUCAAUUGACUCCAAUUUAUUGGUGAUCCCAGCCAUUUACAGUGUAAUCACAGUUAAAUAUAGUUCAAUGAGUACUGAAACCGCGAUAUCACGAAUUCUGUCUGAAUUUGACAAUAAUGCAGCUAAGUGGUUUUUGUCUCUUUUCUCUUUAGAGGAAAACGUCUGUAACCAGUCAACCUUAAUCGAAUGGAGCAUUUCUAAAGCUGGGGCUUAUGAUAAACACUUUUGCGGCAUAACUCGGGAUGAAAACUUCUUAUACACACUCAAUGGAUAA